UGAUUGUGGUAACAGACAGAGAUACUGGGCGACCUCGUGGAUUUGGAUUUGUGAUUUUUGAAGAUGAACGAGAUGCAAAAGAAGCGAUUGACGCCCUCGAUAACACUGUAUGUCAUUUUUGAAUUUCCCUAUUUGUCUACAUUUGUCAUAUGAAUUUUUUUUCUGUGCUGGUGUUGUGUACUCAGGUGAAUAAUAUGUUUUGUGAUGUUACUCUGAGUGCAUAUCCACACCGGGCGAGCUUGAAAAAUAUCCCACCGUGGCCGGGCAUAUUUUUCAAGCUCGCCCGGUGUGGAUAUGCACUCAGAGUAACAUCACAAAACAUACAUUUGUCAUGUUCAGAGGUGUAACUUAACACUUGCCUGCUUGCCCAAGCAGACCCAGGGCAAGUGAAUAUCAUGAUUGGGCAGGUUACCUUGCCACAAAAAGCUGGGCAUUUUUUAGUUUAUGUUUUCAUUGUCGGAUAAAUUUUUUAUAGUGGAUGUGCUUGAAUCAAAUUUUGUUCUUUGUGGGCCAAAGCUAGAUCUGAGGCAGUAUAACAUAGCCAUAUAGAGCAGUGCGAGAACGAGUGGACAUGUUGUCCCCUUAAUUUAUACCCCCUACCAUUGUGGCCAUUGUCUGAUGGCAAGUGAAUUUUAUUCAGGGCAUCUAAUUUUCAUGUCGAAGGCAAGUGGUAAAAAAAGUAAAGUUACACCACUGAUGUUGUUGUCGCAGUUUGUACAGAGUUGAAUGUCGAAGUUUUACUUGUGUUUCAGGGUUCGAAUUAGCGGCUCACUACAUACAAUUUGCGAAUGGCGUUUUGCAAAAACAAUGUGUUAAAGGUGAUCUACAGUCCGAUCUGCGCGUGUGCACAAAGGAGCCCACUAGUUAUGAUACAAACAGUUUAACUAUGUUUUGGGUUCUUGAAAAGCCUGAUUAUUGUUUCUUGAUCAUUUAUUAUACUCUAGAAGCUUGAAAAUAUAAAUCGUUGUCGAAUAAAGCUCAAUAUUUUGGACACAAAAAUGUAAACAAAGGCUUUGUUUACAUACGGCCUGUAGAGCACCUUUAAGGUUUACUUAAAAGGUUGAUUUUCACAAUGACUUUGAAUGUAUUUUACUAUAAUGGCAGAUAUGGAGUAUUUUGCUGACUAUUAUUUAUGUGUGAAAUAUGAAGAAUAUGGCUACAAUUUCUUCGGAAAAAAAUUACAAAAUUCGCCAAUGAAACAACAGCCAUUUUGUUUUUCGCAAGCAGUGUUUCCACUUUUCGAAACUGAAAUUUCCUUCAAAUUUUCAAGAUUUGUCCUGUCUAAUUCGAACCCUGUAUUUUUUGGGUAGUUUCAUCUAUCUAAAUUUUCUGAUGUUUUUGGACCUCCGUAAGCUGGCACAUAUUGGAGUUUGUAAUCUUUGUAUCAUCUUUUCAGGAAGUGGACGGACGCACAAUCAGAGUGAGCGAAUCAAGGCCACGUGGCGAUGGUGGUGGACGGAGUUCCUAUGGUGGACGUGGUGGUGGACGCGGUUAUAGUGGCGGUCGUGGUCGAGGUUAUAGUGGCGGUGGUGGCCGUUAUGGUGGUGGAGGUGGUUAUGGUGGAAGAUCUGGUGGUGAUCGUUAUAGUAGUAGUGGUGGUGGUGGUUACGGAAGUGGUGGCAGAUCUGGUGGUAGUAGCAGAUAUGACAGCUAUUAGUAGGUAAGUCAAAAUUGGUACCACUGAGUCGGCUGUUGCGGUAUAUCGAUAUACUGAUAAUUAUCAGUUUUUAAUAAAUACCGAUUAUUCGCUAUUGAAGUUUUCGAUAUCGGAACACGCCUGACAAAAAUGCAUGCUAACGUGCUUUAAUUUCUUCAAUUUCGCAUAGACAUAGAACAUGUCAUUCUUAGAAAUCGUAUGUUUUUUGUUUUUCGAAUUGCUACAUUUUUGGUGGGAAAAUGACGUCACAAACUUGCUGCUAAAAAAUUAACAGUUAGCUAUUGCUAAUUUUAUGCACUUAUUCGGUAGCCGACAUUGAGAGAGUCCGAAAACUGAACUCCGUUUCUAAAUACGGUUAUUUCUCGCGAAGAUAUACCGGUACAAAUGUCGAAAAAUCGGCCAUUUUUUGCUAAAAAUAGAAGAAAAUGGCCGAUUUUUAGAAAUUUGAGUCAUGAUAUCUUCGCAAGGAAUGUUUGUAUUUCGAAACAGACUUCAGUUUUAAGACUCUCAAUGUCUGCUACCGAAUAAGUGCAUAAAAUUAACAAUAGCUAACUGUUAAUUUUUUAGCGGCAAGUUUGUGACGUCAUUUUCCCGCCAAAAAUGUAGCAAUUCGAAAAACAAAAAACAUACGAUUUCUAAGAAUGACAUGUUUUCUAUGUCUAUGCGAAAUUUUGUUGAAACAGGAUGAAAAUUAAAGAAAUUGAAGCACAUUAGCGCUUUGGCAUGCAUUUUUGUCAGGCGUGGAAUAUCGAUAUUUUUCGGUAUUAUAGAUAUCAUGUUUACGUUUGUAUAUUUAAAUGUCAUAUCAAGCUUCGUCAAGCGCUGAUUAGAGUUAUUUCAGAAGAACAAAGACAAUGUGUUAACUUUGCUGGAAAGUCUGUAAUUAGGGUUAGAGCGAGAGCUAAAAAGUCUUUGUUUACGUUGGCGUUGCAAGGUAUAAUAUUAUGUCAUUUCGCUUGUCAAGAAGUGAACUUUUUAGAACGUAAACAAUGCUGGAUUACAAAUGUUUUAAAAAAACAAAAUAGGACAAUCUUUGUUUCGAAUUCACACUGAUUCCUUUAAAGUAUUGGAUGUAGUAUUUUGUUGAGCAAACAUGUUGUUGACUUUUGAACAUUUGCAAGAGUUCUAUAACAUUUAAAGUUUGCUAGUUCACAGCAACAAGGUAUAUCAGUCAUGUUUUCGCUCGCCACAUUGGUUUUUAUAAGUUGAAAUGAAUUCACCAUCCAAUGUUUCAACACUCCAGUCAAGCGUCUUUAUCAGUGGUCAUUAGCAAGCGAAAAUAUAUAACAUUUGUUUCGUAACCCUCGUUUAGUUGGUACCAUCGAUACUUUUUGUGUUCUGUUACUCGAUCUUGAUACAAUGUUUAUUCUGUUCUCGUACAAUAAAGGCACACGAUGACCGGCUCCUCGAAAUAUCUGUGAUCAAAUUGCAUUCUAUGAAACUUUCAACACUUGUUAUGUAUCAAUUAUGACACUGGUCGUUCCAUCAAAGACUCAUGGCCAGUUGAACUAUUUAGGUGAUCUUGUCAAUCGAGAGAAGACCAGAGCAAUGAUGUCAACUUUAUUUUUAGCUCAUUACGUAAUGUCAAUGUUGUCCGAUUAAAAAUUAUUUACUUACCGUCUUCUGUGAUUCACUACAGCCAACAGUACCUCAUGUCAGAGUCCACAAAACCAGUUUGAAACCUGUUCGACAAAACCAGUUUCAAUCUUGUAUGAACUUGCUUGCUAAACCCAAAACCGGUUGGAAUCCUGUAUCGAGUGGUUAUCAGAACUACCUAACCAGUGUGAAAGCUGCUUGAACUUGUUUCAUAAUAAUAUUUUCUACAAGCUAUUGAAAUUAAUUAAGAAAAGUUAAUUUACUUGUAUUGAAUGACUAAUUCGCAUGUCAGUCGGCUAAUAUGUCAACAUGAACUCCCGUUGUGAUUUCAUAUGUGAACUUGCCGAAUUAAGGAUAAAACUGUAAUCUGUUGAAUUGGAUAAAACCGGUAAAACCAGUUAAAACUUGUUCUGUCCUCGUCAAGUGAUCUACUGUUGUGCUCGACUACAAUGUGUUCUGCCUUGACUGCUAGUCUUACGUUCAAAGUCCGAAAUAACGUCGUGUUCCAAUUUGAGGUGAAGUCCAAACAAAGAAACCUGGACCUAGGGGCUUCACCCGGCAGGCGGCACUUGAUUUGCAGGUUAAUCGACUUCAAUGACGUCACGAGGAUUGCCUAGGUUCCAAUCUUCUCGCGUGAAAACGCGCUGAAAUACGAAGAGAAGGCCCUAAGCUGGGGUCAAUUGACUUCUAGUCCAAAACACGAACAAUGGACAAGGAUUGAGUAAGAUGUGCCUUUGUGAAACUGUAAGUAGUUUCUGAUCCGCAUCCUUCUUCAAAACACCGUCGACUAAUUUCGUGUCCUCUGGAUCUCAAGGAAGAACAAUUGGAGCUAUCCACUGUAAAUAAAGUUAGUUUAGGUUUUCUCCUUUAGUACCGGCUUCUUACUGUUACGCAUACGCCAUAUGUCGCGUUAUUUACGGCAAUCUACAACAGACUCGCUGUUGGGCAAAUGUUCUUGGCUUGUCCUUGAGUAUAUUACAAAUCCUCUCCUGGUACUUCUUUGCGGUUUUGCCCAAUAUGAAACUGAAAGACUCCAGUAUUUUAUGCAGACCUUGUCCGUGCUAGUCAUAGCAAUAGCAACGGUUCAUGCUACGCAAAUUCCCAACGAUUCGCAUUACCCAAACCCGUACAAACAUACCGUCUCCCCAACCUAUUUAGAUGCAUGUUCAUUAGCAUGCAGGGUGCGAGAAUUCAUGAUUUUAAGUCUUACCUGACUGGUACGCCAAUGGUGGUUGCUGCGUACUCGUGCGUACUCGCGCUAGUACAAACUCAGUACUCGAUGUGUACUUAAGUCGUCAAGAUAAGGUUCAUAAAGUACAGGUUUCUGAAAAGUAUGUUCAGACUACGAGAUAAAUAUACAAACAAUCGACUCCAACGUUUCUUAGUGCCAUCAGUCCAAUCCUGUUUCAUGCCAAGACAUUUGCAACACAUGACAUGCUCGUGCUAUUCAUUAAAGUCUCACCCCCUCUGAACUUUAACGAAUUGAUAUCGGCAAUUAGAUCAGUAAAACAAACUUUGCCCCCCACCCUUGUGUAAAAUUUUUCAUAUCUCCCAAAAUCUGGGAAACACGAGACAAGCGGGAUCAAGGGUCUCCUUCAGCGAGGAGCGUAGAGAAACGAGGUUGGAGAAAUCCUAACACUUUGUCCUUUUUGUUUACAGAAAAUUAUGCACGCUCUUCACGAAGUAAAAGCUAGGGGCAGGUGAGUUUCUGGAAAACUCUAUCACUUCUGAACUGUUUCUUCCUAGAGUUCCAGUAAGGAUCAUCUCUUAUUGAUCCAGUGUUACUACAGGAGGAAACCUAAACUAAGCUAACUUUAUAUAUACUGGAUAGGUCCUCUAGCGAGGGCAAUCCCUUGUUGCUCCAGUGUUAGAAGUAUCGACGGGAGAAACCUGUUGUGUGUAGUGCAGUCAAGCCAGCAACGCUGUAUUAUAAUUGUGUUUCCAGGGUCGUUUUAUCAUAUUUUGUUCCAAAGGUGACGAGGAAGUUAAGAAAUAUGCAUUCCGUCAUGUGGAAGUACCAGCGACAGUUGACUGUCUGCAAGAAACCGUGCUGCAAGGAAUACUCACUGUAAUACCACUACAGCUGCUCUCGUUUCACGUGCCUGCCUUCGUGGUUAUGACGUAAGUAUUACGUGUUAUGACGUCAUAGUUGGAAAGGUUUGCCAUCCAGUCACGAUCCAGUGAUCAGAAUGUUCCAUUGUCUUUUCAUUGUUUUGAAAAUCUCACUCUUCUCCAUGCCAUCCAUGCAGUCAUGAUCCAGUGAUCAGAAUGUUUCAUUGUCUUUUCAUUGUUUUGAAAAUCCCACUGUUCUCCAUGCCAUCCAGGCACAAUCCAGUGAUCAGAAUGUUUCAUUGUCUUUUAAAUGUUUUGAAAAUCUUACUGUUCUCCAUGCCUUCCAGUCAUGAUCCAGUGAUCAGAAUGUUCCAUUGUCUUUUCAUUGUUUUGAAAAUCCCACUGUUCUGCAUGCCAUCCAGUCAUGAUCCAGUGAUCAGAAUGUUUCAUUGUCUUUUCACUGUUUUGAAAAUCUCACUGUUCUCCAUGCCAUCCAGUCACGAUCCAGUGAUCAGAAUUUUGAAACGCCUCAGUGUUCCAAAUCACUGCAAUCAAGUGACAUUCUCGUGUACUAUAUAUUCUUAUCAUUUUAGGUUGAUUGUCCUCGAAAUUUGGCAAAAUCUGUGA